CUACUGAUGCGAGGCUCGUGUGUUCCUGCAUGCGCACUGGAGGGUCUCUCCUCACCGCCCAUGGGUUCGGAGCUCAGCUCACACCUGGAGAGACAGAGGAGCUGGGAGCUGUGAUGAAGAGGCUCUGCGCACGGAGCUGCUCAACCUGCCCCUCUCCUGGAAAAGCCACAACACGCCACAUUUAUUAAUUUGGAGACUCCAGCGGGAGGGGGGCUGGGACGCGCGCAUGCAUGUGACAAGCUUUCCACCUUUUCAGUCGGGCUGGGUUUUGAAUCUCUCCAUCGGGAGCUGCAGCUUUUUAAAAGCCACCGGAGUGAGUGGCAUCUCCAAGCCUCGCGCGCCUCGUCCAUCCGUCCUUCGCCCGCGGAUCGUCUCAGAGACCAUGCGAGGAGGAGAGACGCGCCCUGUGCCAUGCUGAACAACUCCCCGACCCUGCUGCUGGCUCUGACCGCGGUGGCCGGACUCCUCCAGCGAUGCCAGGGCUGGAGCGACGAGGACCUGCUCCUGCCGCCCAUCAACUCCUCCAACAGGUUCAUGGCCAACCUGGAGGUGGACGUGCGCUUCUCCAAGAGGAGCGUUGAGGAGAGCGACGGCUCGCCCGACGCCGCCGCCGCCGCCGCCGCCGCCUCGCCCCCGCUGCAGAGCCUGUCCCAGUGCAACGUGAGCGUCCAGCGGCUGCUGCCCACCUCGCUGGUGGCCCGCUGGGACAGCAGCUUCGGCUUCCAGUGUGACGUGCUCCUCUACACCACUAACAACCACGGCAGGGCGUUCUUCUCCGCAUCUUUCAACAGGGCCAUCUCGCCCGUCGUGGUCGAGCACCUCGGGGUCAACGGGGGUCAGCAGGAGCUGCGGCUGUGCGUGGGCUGCGGGAUGUCCCGGUACCGGCGGUUCGGUCAGGGCCGGACGCGGGGCCAGCAGAGCGGGGACCAGGUCGCCUUCUGCUGCGUGGAUUUCAGCCUCGACGAGCUGAAGGGGGACAAAAGUUGGAGGCUGAACCGAAAACCCAUCGAGUCGACACUUGUGGCUUGUUUCAUGACUCUGGUGAUCAUCGUGUGGAGUGUUGCUGCUCUCAUAUGGCCGGUGCCCAUCAUUGCAGGAUUUCUGCCCAAUGGCAUGGAGCAGAGGAGACCCAGAUAAAUGACCUUUAUAUUGAUUAUAGCCUGUGCUGCCUAUACUAUAAUUGUAGCCAUUCAGCUCUUCACACUUUUGGAGGGUUCUGGGAGCUUUUUUGAUGAGAUGCUUUCUUGUGGGUAUUCUUUACUAAACCUCCUCCUCUUUAGGACAACCAAGGUAAUGUAUGAAGAAUUACACUAGCCAAUAAUAGUAAUCUAUACUGGGACCAAUACCAACGUGUUUUGUAUACCCUUGUAGGCCUUCCUAUAGAUUAUGUCAGCCGUGCAAACUUUUUCUCCUUCAACUGUGUUUGUAUAGUUUUUAAUCUUUUUAGAAAAGUUUUUGCCUUAUGCCAUGUGAAGGACUUUUGCACUGAAAACCAAACUCUAACAUGUGCCGUCACAUACAGUACUAUAUAUAAUAUAUAUUCAACCUAUGGUCAUGUUCAGAGUAAGUGUGAUAGUUUUCAUUUCCAAUACAUUAUGAAACAUCGAUGUUGUUUCUGACUGACAUAGACAGAGGUUCAGGAUUUAUAUUGUUAGAUUUCUAAUGUCAAGUUCAGUUGUGCUUAUUUGUAGGCUAUUCAUGUUAAAAUGAAAAUAAAAUUGAUUAUAGGCUAUAAUUCAGAUUCUCUCUGACCUGUUUUGUCUGUAGCCUAAAUCAAUUCACUUCUCACAGAUUAAAGGUGAAGUUCACGUUUGAGCCCAUAAUGUAAUGCUUGUCUAUAGGAAACAGAUUUGACAUGAGAUGCACCUUUAAGUUAAGACAAUAGGAAAACUGGGCCAAAUAUCUACUGAUAAUAGUUAUAAUAAUUCACAAAUUACCUCAAUUUGUAAGGUUAAUAUAUGGAAAUAUUGUCACUUAACUUUAUUUUGAUAAAUGAGUGUUACUUUAUGGCUGAACAAUGAGCAGCAUCUUCUUGUUAACGCUGGUUCGGGUGGUUGUGAAAUCUUUAUACACUGUUGUUUAAUGUAAAACCAUUCAUAAAGGCUUAUACUUUC